AGCUUUACCAAACGGAUAUUUAACUGCCACCUGCUCGAGAAACCACCCUUACCGGCUCCAACCUCUUGCUACAGUAUGUGGAAAGGACUGGCAUCGCUGCCUACCGGCUGCUUGGAAAGGGCCAAGGAGCUGAAAGCAAUGCUGGGAAGCAUUCUGCAAAGAUCCACUUGGAAUCUAUCCUGCUGCAAAAUGGGGCAAAAUAAGCCAAACCUGGAGGAAUGCCUUAGGUGGAAAGAGUCCUUUGAAAAACUCCUGUCCAGCAAAUAUGGACUGUGUGCCUUCACUGCCUUCCUGGUGUCUGAGUUCAGCGAGGAGAACAUUUUGUUUUACUUUGCCUGUGAAGAUUACAGGAAAACCAAGUCGACUACCAAAUUACCAGCCAAAGCCCAGAAGAUCUAUGAUGAAUUCAUCGGCAACGACGCGCCACGGGAGAUUAACAUCGACCACGAAACUCGUGACAUCACCAGAGCCAACAUGCUGGUGUCUUCACUUUCUUGCUUUGACCCGGCCCAGCACAAGAUCUACAUGCUCAUGGCCAAAGACUGCUACCCUCGCUUCCUCCGCUCUCCGACCUACAGGGAUCUAGUGUGCCAAGCCAAACCAAAUGCCAAGGCCGCCAAGAAGCCCCGGCUGGAAAAGAAGGUGUGAACUCUCUCCAUAGAGGAUUGUUAGUGGUUUGCCUCAAGGUUUGAGAAGGCAAGAGAUGCAUGACGUUAUCUGCUGCACCAUGAAGCUGGACUCUGCGGGUGCAGACGCGCAGAUCGCCACGAGAUCAGACGUGGAUGGCGCGUGUUCUGUAGACGCCGAGGAUUGAAGAGAAAAGGACAGUGGAGGUUGAUGCCUUAAGUGGAUUGUUGAGUGAACACAGAUGUUUGGACAUCAUGUGAAAGUGUAACAGUCUAAGUGGCAAUCAAUCAGGAGGGAAGGAGAAAAGCACUUUUUUCUUUGCCAAUAGGCAAACAUUUGUGGUUGUGAUGUCUAUCUGUCAGUCUUACACUGUUUAUUAACAGGCAUGUAAGGUACUUACUUAUUUAUUUGUAUUUAUUUGCCUGCAAAAUAUUUGUUCUUUUUUA